AGCGUCGAGCGUACAGUCAGGACGGAAAAAACCCCGUGACGUAAGCGGUCACCAUUCUACUGUGCGGACAAUCAAUAAACACCUUCUGCAAAGUGACAACAAACCCCAAUAUCGAGUAUUUUUGAGGAUAUUGAAUACAGUUAUGGACUCCACAUCGACCAUAGGGGGGUUCAUCAGCACUCUUACUGAGAUGGGCUUCACUGAGGACCAGAUACAGGCGGCGAUGCAGGCCGGAUUCUUCUCUGUACCAGAAGCAGCUGAAUGGCUCUUGCAGGGUGGGAGUCCACGACAUAAACUAGUCAAGCAGCCUUCAGGCCCUCUAGAGACGGCGUUUUCUGCGUUUAACCCUCCCAAAGAUGCUCUUUGCUACAACAACAACUCACAGUCUGAAGCAACAGGUCCUUCUUUGGUCUUGGCACCUCCUUCCGUGAACACUCCUGCCGCAAAAGAGCAUCCACCCCUGGAAACACGGAUCAAGCAGGAUAAGAGUAACUUCCACGAGCAGCAGAGGCAACGAGUGGCCCAGGAGGUGCAGGCAGAGAAGAGGCAAAAGAAGCAGGAGCGUGAGUUGGUACUGAAGAGGAUAGCAGAGGACCGUCGCAGUCAGCAGGAGAAGGCCCAAACCGAAGCCACAGCCGAGACCUCUCCAUCCAGUGGACAGGGACAGAGACUGGGUGGACGUGUGGAGACGAGCAUGGACAACCACUGCAUCCUCAUGAUCCGUCUGCCCUCUGGGGAAUCUAUGCGUGAGCGUUUCCCUGCGGAUACUCCCUUAAGUCACGUCGUCGAGUACAUUGCCGGGCGUCACCCUUCACUACCCGCCUUCUCCCUCCUGCAAGGGUUUCCUCGCAAGCGCUUCGGUGAAACUGAGCUAACCUGCUCCCUCCGGUCUCUGGGACUGACCCCCAACGCUGCACUUUGCAUACAGACCACUCCACCCGAGACACCUCAGGACCCGCCCAGUCCAGCAUCCCGAUUGGCUGUUGUAGGACAGCCGGAGGCGGAGGUGGAGCCACGGGAAGAGCCGGUGGCACCGCCCAAUGAGCCACCCCAAGUGGAGGCCGGAGAUUUAGAGGAACUGGAGGUGCCCCCACCUUUGCCCCAUCAGCUGUGGGAGGAAGCAGUGGGGUAUGCUGGGAUUCCUGGGGUCGGACCUCCAUUGUCUGGACCCACUCACUAUUGGGGACGAGGCCAGAAACUGGUGCAAGGUGAUGCAGAAGAGGAAGAACAUUUGGAAAACGAGGAGCAACCAGAAGACGAAGCUGUACCUCCAUUUCAUCUCAACGGACUGCCACGGUUGCCCUUCUUCCUGGAGAACAGGGGAAGAGGAGGACUGGAGCCGAGACAUCACUGGCCGGAACAGGGCAACAGACUCAGGGAGGCGGAGCCUGUUGACCCAGCAGACCCUGAGGAAGGCCGUGCAUUGCGUGGAGCUGCGGGUCAAGCAGCGGUAGAGCGUUUACAGAGAGCCGCCCAUCACGACGAGCAGCAGUCACCACACGGGCAGCCCUCACCCCCCAAAAAAGCCUUCAAGACCCCCCGCGUGCCCUCUCUCUGCUCAAUGGCCACCAGGGCCACCGUUUUCCUCAUGACAGCUCCCAGCAUGCAGUACAGCAGUAGCCUGGCGUGUUUGACCCCAGAGCUGGCCGAACUCUUGUUGGCUCACAUGGCACGUGAGCGAUUACUCCGACCACGUACGCUGGAGCUGUUCUUCGGCUGCCCGCUGCAGAAGUUUGUCCUAAACUGCUACCCGUACACCACCAAUGAGCUGCUGCGACAACUAAGGGCAUUUUCCUGUCUCAAACAUCUCAGCUUCGUCAACUCUCCACUCAUCACAGAUGCCGGCCUUUCUGUUUUGUCCAACCUCUCAAAACUCCAGCAUCUCAACCUGUCAUCUUGUAGCAAACUAACAGACAGCUGCAUGCAGCAUAUCGCAGGACUCCGCAAUCUCACAUUCCUGGCUCUGGACCAGACCAAAGUAAGCGAUGCAGGUCUGCUGAUGUAUCUGCAGUCAGGUUCCUCUGCGCUGUGUCAGCUCAGCCUGAAUCAGACAGCCAUCACAGAGAGCACAUUGAGAGCACUGCCCACAUGUGUGCCACAACUACGAAUGCUUAGUAUUAAACACACCAAGGUGAGUGAUGUCUCUGCACUCGCAGAGCUUCGAAACUUGCAGACGCUUCACCUGGACGGCACAGGUGUACGAGAAAAUUCUCUCCAGUGCCUAGCAACCCACCCCAGCCUAUCAGCUCUCAGCCUGGCUGGCAUACCGGUCACGGAUGGAAACCACACGCUGGAGAUCAUUUCAGGCCUGAGGCUCACCCAGCUCACCCUGCCUGGCAGACACUGUGUGACGGACGCUGGACUUUUAUUUCUCUCCAGACAGGCUUUGCUCUUAGAGCUAGAUCUGACCGACUACACUCAGCUCACAGACCGCGGCAUUAUGCAGCUUGCCGGCAUGACGAGGUUGAAGAAGCUGUCUCUUAGCAACACUCAAGUGAGUGACAGUGGGCUGCAGGGAUUGGUCAGUCUAAAAGAACUCCAGGAACUGUGUCUCGACCGGACUGCCGUCACCAGCAGGGGCGUUGCAGCCUUGAUCACGCACUUACCGCAUCUGCAGGUGUUGGGUUUGGCCAGUACACAGGUUGGCGAUACAGUGAUCAGACAAGGUGUGGUUCACUGUCCACAGCUGCUGAAACUCAACCUCAGCAGAACCAGAAUCACAGAUCACGGUCUGAAAUUCUUGUGUCGUAUGCAGUUGAGUCAAGUGAACCUGGACGGCACAGGUGUAACUCUCAUUGGCAUUGCCAACCUGAUCUCCACCUGCCCUCAUCUGAGCAGCGUACGAGCCAGUCAUACCCGCGUCAUACCUCCAGACCAACAGUCGGACGACGACGAUAACGAUAAUGGCAACAACACCACACGAUCCUAGUUUUAUUUGUUCGUAUUCACAGAAAACUCACAGAUGGCCAUAGUACCCUUCAGCUGUUUCUCAAUGGAAAGAGUAUUCGGAGCUUCCUUUUUCCAUAAAGUAGCACUACAGUCUCACUUGGGUUCGACAAUCAAGUUGAAACUAUUAUUUUCUGAAUGUGGUUACACAAAAUUCGUUAGCGUUAUGAAUAAAUGUUCAUAUUUAAUCUGCGUUUUGUCUGUAAAAGGAACUUUAAAUGUGCCAUGGAUAUGCACACUUCAAAUUUCUAUUUUCUGUGGACAUUUUGCAUUUUUUGUAAAAUAAAGUGAAUGAAAUAUCAUUAAAAAAUAAAGACCACUUGUAAUACAGUGCAAAACCGCGUCAAGAGACAUAAGGCGGUAUUAUAAUUUAGUAAGAACGAUGCUCAAAUAUUGAUAAUCAACAGUUUGCAUGACAAAUGUAGAAGUAUCCGAAUCUUUUACAUCGAGGAUUCGUGCAUGACCUUGAUAUUUUUAUUUUAAAAAAUGAAUGACACCUUAGAUUUUAUGUGAAUAUAUUUUGGAUAAAUGCUCUGUAUGAUUGAUUUAAGUGGAAAGUCUUCUUGGACAAUGAAAGUGCAUUUAAAGGGGCAGUAAGCGAUUUCUGAGAAACACUGUUGAUAUUUAAAAAUCACCAAAACAAACACGCUCCUACCCAAAAUCUUAAUAGCUCCGCCCCCAAAUCCACCAACACGCUAUGCAACACAGGUACCUCCCACCUAAAGAGUGUAUAUGCCCCUUACUGCUGAUUGGCUACAUCUGUUUUGGUGCUCGGCCCGAUCCACUUUCAACAGCGUUUCUCAGAAAUCGCUUACUGUACCUUUUAAGUGUUUUUUUUAUUUAGUUAAGAAAUUACAUGCCAAAGUCUGUCAUUUUACUGGCAUGUUAGCAGAAGUUUCACUUCGACUCCUACAUGCGCAUUCAUGUUGGACUUAUUAGUUUAUUAGUAUCUUUUUUUUUUUUUUAAAUAGAGGAUUUAUUAGUCUAACGGCAUUAACUGGAUCCAGGUUUACACUAACAUACAUCUGUCUUUAACUUACACAGUUCUGAUAUGAUACCGAUACAGUUAUGAAGUGAAUUGUGAAAAACAAAACAAAUGAAGAGCAUCAUCACAGGCAUAACAAAGCAUUGGCGUUCGACUGUUUCUGUAUGCAUUUGUGGUGUACUGUACCUUUAUGCAUUUGAAUGCAAUAACAUUUAAAAAUAUGAAAACAUAAAGAUCUCAACCAUAUCUGGAGGUCUAAAAGGUCUAUGUAUUAACAAAACAUUGUCAAGUUCUAAAUUAUAAACAUACCUUGAAUGCAUGAUGCCGUUCUGUCUUGAUAUGAUGCGAGGGUUUGUCGAAACUGUCAAAUGCUUUCUUGUUUAUAACAGUUGUCUAGUCUGAAUUGAAAUGAAAAUAGACACAAAACCCUGGUUUUUACAUUCAGAACUCAGGAGCCAGUCAAUGCUGCAUCAUAAACACAGUAGCGUCUUUUCAUGUUUAUUUAAAAUGCCAUGAAUCUCCAACAUAUAUGUUCCUGUCAGUAUUUCCUGUCAGACAUUAACACAGUUUGCUGUUUUAGAAAAGGUUAGUUCUGUACAUCCUGUAUAGGUAACGUAGCGAUGUGCAAGUAUACAAACAUUUCACAAUUCAUUAGGGAAGCAACUAACACAAAUUCACAGAAUACCACCUCUUAUGAGUGUCUGCUCCACAUAGUUUGCAGUCUUUUCCUAUAUUACAUGUGCUUGUACAGUUUAUUUUACAGGCAACUAGGAUGGCCUAAUAAUAUUUUAUACUUUAAGUUCACAGCGUUAAUAAAAGCUACAUUUUGCAA